AGCAGGAUGUCGGGGGAAGAAGACUUUUACCUCUUUGAGAACAUCUCCUCGGUGGGGCCCUGGGACGGGCCCCAGUACCACAUUGCUCCACUCUGGGCCUUCUACUUCCAGACGGCCUUCAUGGGCUUCGUGUUCUUCGCCGGCGUGCCCCUCAACGCCAUCGUCCUCGUGGUCACCAUCAAGUACAAGAAGCUGCGGCAGCCGCUCAACUACAUCCUGGUCAACAUCUGCCUGGGGGGCUUCAUCUUCUGCUCCUUCUCCGUCUUCAUGGUCUUCAUCUCCAGCUCCCAGGGCUACUUCAUCUUCGGGCGGCAAGCCUGCGCCCUGGAGGCCUUCCUAGGCUCCGUCGCAGGCCUGGUCACCGGGUGGUCCCUGGCCUUCCUGGCCUUUGAGCGCUAUAUCGUCAUCUGCAAACCCUUUGGGAACUUCCGCUUCAGCUCCAAGCACGCUCUGAUGGCGGUGGCAGCCACCUGGGUCAUCGGCAUCGGCGUCUCCAUCCCGCCCUACUUUGGGUGGAGCCGGUUCAUCCCCGAAGGCCUGCAGUGCUCGUGCGGCCCAGACUGGUACACGGUGGGGACCAAAUACAGGAGCGAAUACUACACCUGGUUCCUCUUCAUCUUCUGCUUCAUCGUACCCUUCUCGCUCAUCUGCUUCUCCUACUCCCAGCUGCUGGGCGCCCUCCGAGCCGUAACGGCCCAGCAGCAAGAGUCGGCCACCACCCAGAAGGCGAGGGAGGUGUCCCGCAUGGUAGUGGUGAUGGUGGGCUCCUUCUGCAUCUGGGUGCCCUAUGCGGCCAUGGCUAUGUACAUAGUGAACAACCGCAACCGCCUCGACUUGCGCCUCGUCACCGCCCUGCCUUCUUCUCAGAGCUCCUGUGUCUAUAACCCCAUCAUCUACGGCUUCAUGAACAAACAGUUCCGCGCCUGCAUCAUGGAGACGGUGUGUGGAAAACCCAUCACGGAUGAGUCCGACAUGUCCAGCUCCGCCCAGAAAACCGAGGUUUCGUCCGUGUCCACCAGCCAGGUCAGCCCCAGCUGA